ACUCCCAAAACAUCUGGCUGCUUUGGUUUUUCUCCAAAACUGAAUACUAAAAAAGCCUGGCGGGGGGAAAGUAAGGGGGAAAGGGAAAGAAGCUAUGUGAAGAAAAGGGAGUGGAAAAUAUUAUAAAAGCAAGGACAAGAGAGGGAACAAGGGAUUACGCAGGUCACAUGUAUGGCGCUGUUUCCGUUCUGCAAGAUGUCCACAGGACCAGUCAGAGUGGCAAGAAUACAACUGGUCCUGUACUGUUUUCUCCUGUCUCUUAUCAUAUACUUUCUCAAUGGACGUAAAGCUGCUGUCAGUGUGGAGUCUCCUCAUCGUGCCUUGGGAAAAGAGAAGCAAAGCCUAAAGACAGACAUGAUGAUCAUCAAAGAAGCAGUGCCACAAACUCCUCUGGAGACACCUUGGGGUGCUCCUUUAGUAUGGGGUGACACCCGUAAGUCAGCUCGCCGCAGGGCUAAAUUUGCACAACAGGAGAUCCGUACGGGUCUGCUGGCGUUCGUGGUGGGAACUUACGCCCACUUCAUACGACGUUUCCUUUCUUCAGCUGAAACCUACUUCCUCCCCGGUCAGAUGGUCACCUACUACAUUCUCACGGAUAACCCGCGCUCUCUGGAUCCCCCCAUUGAGCUGGGGCCUGAACGAGAGCUAAAGGUGGUUCCUAUUGCAGAGCUGCCCGGGUGGGACAGGUUGGCGCGGCGCCGAAUGGCGCUGCUUACUGAUGCCAUCAAAAACCCAAUCAGCAAAGAGGUGGAAUACAUCUUCUGCGCUGACAUUGAUCAGGAGUUUGUGGCUCCUGUGGGAGAGGAAAUCCUCGGAGACCUGGUGGCUACGUUGCACCCAGAGCUCUAUGGGAUGCCACGAAAUGCAUUCCCUUAUGAAGUCGAAGAGGUUUCGUCAGCUUGUGUGGAGGAGGAUGAAGGAGACUACUACUACACCUCUGAGUUGUAUGGAGGGUUGGUUUCUGAGAUGCACAAACUGGCUCAAGUCUGUUCAUUGCUCAUUCUGCAGGACCAGGCUAAUGGAGUGAUGGCCAGGGGCCUUGAGGAGAGUUACCUGAACCGCUACCUGAUCGACCACAGGCCGACCUGUGUGCUGUCCCCAGAGUACAGCUGGUGGGACUCAGCCCUGGCUCCUGAUGUGCCCGUACAGAGGCUGGUCUCUUUGGGAAGGCAACGUGAGGCUUAUGAUAAGGAGACAUGAGGGACAGGAGGGUUCUGCUGGUCGAACCUACUAAAUGUUGAUCUCACUCCCACAUGAACUUUUAAAUUUACUUUAAGAUAAGAUGUCCGUUUAACAAUUAGAAAACAGAGUUAAAAGAAGACAGUAGAUGGAAAGAGGUUAGUGUGCCUUAUGGUCUUUGGAUUUUCCUUUCAGAAAUAGAAAUGAAAAAAAAAAUAUUAUUAUUAUUUAAUUUUCAUUUCAAAAUCCAAAAACUACAAAUAAAUAA